GCGGUCACCUCUCUACCUCUGCCUCUCUCUGCCUGUGUCUCUCUCUCAGUGAGCGAACAUUCAGUCUCUCUCUUACUCUCUGAGUCGUCAGGUUGAAUUUCUCUCUUCUUUUUCCCUUGUUAUGACCCAUUUGAGGAGCACCUUCCAUAGAGACAGACACACCAAGAUGAACGGUGAGCUGAGAGCUGUUCGCACCACUACAGGCAAGAGAGGAAGCAGCGAUCAUGACAGAUCUGACUAUGAUAUGGAGCACAAGGGAUACCCUGGUGAACACUGUAACCGGGUUUUUGAUUAUCAGCGCGUCCCCUCUUCAGUCCCAGUGGAUCCCAUUCCUGUCAAAAGGCCACGCCCUUCAUCUUCCUCCUCUUCCUCAUCAUCUUCCUCCACAGUGGCUCUGAGGAUGAAGAACAGUAGAGCGACCAACAGGAACAACAAGACACACACCUCUGCGUCUGGCAGCAGCAAUGUUAAAUUGAAGAUGGCAGAGCUUCUUGCCAUAAAGAGUGAGCUGACAGUGAUCAAGGUUCAGAUUGAUGGCCUGUUGGACUGCGUAGACAAGAUGGACAGACAGCGGAAGGACUGUUCAGAGUGUCCUCAGAGCAGGGAGUCCAGUGUGUUGAACUCUCCUCACCAAGGUUCAGUCUGCAGUGUGGAGAGAGAGAGUCCUGAACCAGGAGAGGCCAGUGCAGAUGAGUCACUGCACUACCAGGACUACUACCCCCACAGCUACUCCCACAGGAUAAAGCAUUAUCAUUCUCAGGAGGAUGACCUGUGAUGCUGCAGUCCAGAUCCUUGUAGAACAGAGGCUCACAUUGGUAACAGCUGGUAUUGAAGAUGCUUCCAGAAGAUGUUGGCAACUUGACCUGCAUGAACUCUCCUCUACACCUGAAUUCAUCCAGUACCGUCAGUUUGAUUUGUAUUAUGUUGUACCAUCUUCUGUUCUGGUUUCCAGUUUACGCUGAUGGUAAAAUCUCAGUUGUGUUCCUCACACAUCACUGACACCAGCACUCUAUAUUAAAAAUAUCUUUUAACUUUAAAACCAUACUGGUUAGAUGAUCACCACUGAUUUCAACUACAGUAAUAUCAAUAGGUUCAAAAAAUUAGCUUACAGCAACUUCCUCUUAAGACCCAAGCUUUGGUUGGCCUUGCAUUUUAGAUUUCUUCAAAUUAUUUGGGAAAAGGAGUAACCAAUAAAUAUAAUAAUUGGAUAAUAUCAAAUAUCUCAUUAUUAUGUUUAUUAUAUUUAUAUUGUUAUUGUUGUUAUUAUUAUUAAUAUUCUUAUUUUGUUAUUAUUAUUAUUAUUAUUAUUAUUAUUAUUAUUAUUAUUAUUAUUAGUAGUAGUAGUAGUAGUAGUAGUAGUAUUAACAAUACGCUCUUUAAAAAAAAAAGAUGUUUAGGAGGUUAAAAUUUCUUCAUUCAAAUAAUUCUUUGUAAUGAGCAAUUUAUUAGAUUUUAUUUGGGAUUUUUUUAGUAAUGCAAUCAAGGGUCUGUCGACAUCUUUGCCUCAAUCAAACAACAUUUUAUUCAUUGGUCGCAAAGUUAACAUUGGACUGUAGAUGUAUUUUCUUCGCUUUUGGCCUGAUCCGUCCCCUAACCACGCUGUCCUGCUGGACUCCCCACUGAUCACCAUUAAUGAAGUCAGUUUGGCAGCAGCUGGCAGCUCCUUAUCACACAAUUUAUUUUCAUCAGGCCUGCUUUCAUUAUGUGUAACCAGCUGUGUGCAGGACUGCAUUAUAGUUCUGAGUUUAAGCCUGAAUGAGCAUAGUUUUAUGACUCCCUGGGUCUACACUGUUCAAUUCACUCAGAAAAACAGCUAUAAAGUGAUAUAUGGACUCUGACAAUUUCCUGAAAUGAACACUAGCUCAGAAGGAAAAUUGCAUGUAGUGGAUAUAAAUUGGAAGAUUACAAUUUUCCACCGUGAAUAUGAAUCUUUUUACGAUAACAUCCAUGACCGUGACAUUUUCAGCGGUUAGUUAAAUUCAAUUUUGCUGAAACUUUAUUUGAUCACUUGUUAGUUUAGGUUAGCAAACAAAUUUAUCAAGAAAAAUGUUAGAAUACAUUUAGCAGCUUAAUCACUGGCUUUAAAAUUAGCUUAAAGCACAGUUUUUGAUAAUUGGAUCUGCUCUUGGUUUGUUUCACAUUAACUCUUCAACGAUUAGUUUAGAUUUUUUGAAGUCGAGUUGUAAGAGCUACUUAUUGAUAGUUAGUUUAUUACCUAUAUUAGAUUGCAGUUGGCACAUCCACAGUUUGGACAUGCAGGAGUUUACGGCAUGGAAACUAAGCAAUGCAAUGUUGUGGAGAGGGACAGCAGCCAAAUAUAUUUUAGCCACCCAAAGAGACCCAACUGAAGAAUCACUAUCAGUUUAAGUGUAUGCUCACUUGCCCAUGUUCACUGUUAUGCUGAAAAUGACUUUCUGAUGACAAGAUAAAGCAGUUAAAAUAUUCCAAAUAUAGUGUGCACUUAAAAUAAUAUAGAUGUUUUGGGCUAUGCCUUUUUUUUUUUUAGGUUGCUAAAAUAUGUUUUGUUGCUGACUCUGUCCACAGCAAUCUUUGUGUCAGUACUCCUGUCUGCUUCUCCAAAUUGUGGGUGUGCCAGCUUCCAUCUAUACACUGACUAUGAAUAAGUACCUCACAAAACCCUACUUAGGUGAAGCUCUCAGUUUUGCAAGUUGGCCUUUGUUCCAACACUCACUUAUGGUCAUGAGUUCUAGGUGGUGACUGAAAGAACAAGAUUGUAACUACAAGUAGCCAAAAUGGGUUUUGUCUGUACGGUGGGUGGGUUGAGUCCUGAAAUCGAGAGAGGAGCUUGGACAUCCAUGAGUAGAUGGGGAUGGGAGUACAGUCGCUGAUCCUUCAUGUUGACAGGAGCCAGGUGGGGUGGUUUACCAUCUGAUUAGGAUGCCUAGUGGGCGGAAGUUUUCCGGGAAUGUCCAACUAGGGGGAGACCUCGAACCCAGAACCCAGAACCCAGAACCCAGAACUUCCUGGACUACACAUCUCAUCUGGCCUUGGAAUACCUCAGUAUCCUUCAGGAGGAACUGGAAAUUGUUGCUAGGGAGAGGGAAACUGCUGCCAUAAUGACCCAACGCUGAAUAAUUGGAAGAAAAUGGAUGGAUCCGCCAGUAGUUCUCAAAGAGUUAACAUUGUGCUACAGAUCAGUUUAGUGGAUUCUGUUUUCCUUAGAUUAGCUGAAGAACCAGUUUAACAGAGCAAAACCUGUGGUCCAGGUCAGCUAUUGCUUUGUUUAGGAGAUAAAAACAAUUAUAUUCAGGUUAUCCAGAGCAAAGUAUAAUAGCUUGGUUCAGUUUAGCUGGUGGAUUAAUUUGCAAGAUCAAAGAGUUAUUUUCAGAAAAGCCAGUACAGUUUAGGUGAAAUUAGCAAGUGGAUUAUUAUAGGCCAGUUUGUUUCAGGUUUCAGUGAGGACUACAGGUGUAAAUAAGCUGCUGACCCUUUUACACCAGCCUCUAUGAAAUGUCAGUACUGAUUAAUCUACACUGUCCACUUUGAUAGAUAAAUACAUUUCAAAAGAAAACUUGUCAGCAGGUGGAGACUGCAAUGAGACCAUCAGAUGAGAGUUGACAAUAAAAGUACCAGCUGGUUCAUGUUUCCUGAAAGAUGAUAAAGCCUUGCCCUGGCUUUGCAUUUCAAAUGCUUGUUGCAUGUGUCAGAUAUAGUAAUUUUCCGUCACUUUUACAUGUUAUUAAAAUCGCAGUGAAUUUAUGAUCACCGUCAGUGCAAAUGUGCAUGAGUAAAUACUAAAGGACUUUUUGUGGCCCAGAGUUGUACUGCCAUCGCACUGUUAAAUGACAGUUACACUGUGCUGCACCGCACACUUCUACGAAGACAACUCACAUAAAGUGUGUAGCAUUCAAUAUGCUAUCGUUACUUCUGCAAAAAUGGUUCAGUGUCAUAUUCAUUGGUUGGAGCCAUAUUGCAUUUUGUGAGAUAUUGUUCAUUCCACCAGAAUUUGGGUGAUGGUUUAAUGGAGAGUAUAACCACUAAAGUGUUGCCAAGUCAAACAUAUAAAGACUUGUCAAUAUAAACAGCAAUGACUGUAAAUAUGUUCAGAAUGUUCAUGUAAAAUAUUUGUUGUUUUAAAAAAAAGUGAUACUUGAAAUUAUUUAUGUGCAUAGUAGCGACUCUUUAUUUAAAAAAAAAUGUAUUUUAAAUAUUUUUUAAAAAGGUGAAAAUGUUUUAAUAAGAAAUCCUGUAACUGCAGACAGAAUUGUUUUGGAAACUUCAUUGUAGCUUCUGUUGACACUUUUGUGUUUGGUCAGUGCUAAAUGUUACCUAUUUCAUUGUGAAAGUAGUAAACAUGUUUUUCAUAGAACUUGGA